AUGGAGACCCCAAACAACCAAACUACAAACCUUUUUAUACAAACGCCUUCACCACUUUUACGACAAAAUUACUUUAAUGGAUGUAACGAAUUUAGUAAUCACACUCCUUCAUCAUUGAAUUUGGCAUAUACUGAAUUGCCAAUCUCACCAGAUAUAUUACAACAGGAAGAGAAGAAAGUGGCGAUAAAGCGAAAGUUUAACCCCUUCGUUUUUGCAGAGGCACUACGUGAACUAAAAGAGGAGGAAAAUUUAGAGUCAUCAAAGAAAUAUCGCACUGAUUUUCCGUUUUUGGAAAAAACUUUAUCUAAAAGACUUCUAUAUGAUGAUGAAUCUUUAAUGGAUUCAUCGGGAUGUAAGAAACGGCGGUCAAAGGAUUUGGAAGGUGUCAGAAAAGUCAGCAAAGAUAUGAUUGAUGAAUUCUUUAUGUCAUCAUCAUUCGUAACGGAUGAAAUUGAUGAAUUUUUCACGUCGUCAUCAAUUCCUAAACCGGUUAAAGAUAAGACUACCGAUCUUAGAAAUCAGUUCACCACAUCAUUUGCUCAUAUAUUAAGCAAAGAGUAUUUCGAUAGGACAACAUUUGAGAAUAGAUAUAUCUUUACCCAAAAAAAAUUAUCCAAUGAGAUAUAUUUCGAUAGUGAAUUUGUAAAUAAAGAAAAGAUCGGAGAAGGAGAAUUCUCCGAGGCUUUUAAGUGCGCUGUUGAAAAAACGAGAAAUCUAUGCAUAGUGAAGAAGUCAAAGUUACCAUUCAAAGGCCCUUUAGAUAGACAGGACCGGCUUGAGGAGGUUAACAUUCAUUACAAAGCUGGUAGUCACAAAAAUAUAGUUGAACUCACGAGUGCCUGGGAACAAAGGGGAUACCUUUACUUGCAAAUUGAAUUAUGCGAAACAGGCAGGCAAGAAACUUUUUCAGAAGAGGAGAUUUGGCAAGUAAUUAGUGAUAUUAAAUCGGCUUUCAUUUAUAUGCAUGGGAAAUCAAUCGUGCAUCUGGAUGUAAAGCCAGAGAAUAUUCUCAUAAAGAAAACGAAUGCUCAAAAUAUAUACAAGCUUGCCGAUUUUGGCUGUGCCACGUUACUUCCACCAAGAAAAUGGUUUGACAAGGACGGCGAUCGACGUUAUAUAUCUAAUGACGCACUAAAUGGAACAUAUUCACCAGGUGCCGAUUGGUUUAGCCUUGGGAUCACCGUUAUCGAAUUAGCUACACUCAGACAAAUGGAGGGAAAUGGUGAUAUUUAUCAACGGCUUCGUAGGGGCGAUUUCUCUGAUUACAAAGAUCAACUUUUAACAUAUAGUGAAAAAUUGAAGAAAGCUAUUAAAGUGAUGCUUUCACCCAACCAUAAGGGACGCUACGUUGAUUCGUCUUUUGGGAUUUAA